AUGUAGAUGUCGUUUAAAUUCAAAACGCUAUAUAACUGUUGACUGUUGACCGCUUCGUUGGACAUUGUACCGGAAAGAUGUCAAGCCAGCUGUAUAUCCUGACUGUAAAUGUCAACAUUGGGCUGCAAGGUGGCAUUGAUCUGCCUAGUGCUAUGAGCAAGCUACAAACACUUCUCUGCUCCUACCCUGAUGCUACCCGUUGUCUCCACACUUACAAGGUAACAGGAGAAGCAAAGGUGGUGGCAGUGUUUGAGGUGACCAAUGUGAUAGGCCUUGAGCGGAUGGUGUCUGGAAUUGCUCGAGUUGGCAAUAUGGACGUCACCUGCAAGCCCAUAUUCCCAUACAGGUUUUUUGCUGAGUACCUCAAGGUGAAUGGUGACGUUCUCCUUGGGAAGGGAGAGAACACGUUGGCUGGAGACAAGCAGGGAUACUGGCUAGAAAUUUCUGUGGAGUAUGCAGGUAAGAGUACAUCUGAGCUGCUGGAGAUAUGGAGUCGCGAGGCUGUGGCUGCGCUUACUGCUCGGUCCUCUGGUGGACACAUUGAGCUUUGGAAGAGUGUUAUGGAGAGGAAGGUACACAUGUUUAUAGCAAUGGACCCGGUUGAGCUGGAUAAACUGUCAUUCGAGCUGCCGAUCAUGAAGGAAAAUGGGUGCAAUGUAAAUAUACAGGCCUUGGCGAUACACGAUCUUGAAGACUACUGUGCUCGCAUAUCAUCUGAUACCAUGUGAUUGAUGGACUGCUGUUAAUGGCAGGAGUGGCCUAAUAUGGCAUGAAGCGAUGACGACUGUUGGGCUUAGUUAUAGUUUAAAUAUAUGGCAGCAGGGUUUGCUAAUCAGAUAAUUAUUAUUUGAGUAAAAGAAAGUUUCAGUGGCAGUGUAGUUUGGGUAAAAGAGAACAUUUCACUCAUAUUCCAUGACUGGCUCAUGAAAUUUACUAUUAAAACGGGGAAAAACCUUGAAUUAGAUUGAUGUUCUAAAGAAGAUUGAAUCUUGUGUCUUGUGUAUGUAAGGGUUUGUAUAAGAUCAUGUUUAAAGCAGAACAUGCACAUUCAAUGUGCCAUAGACAUGGUGUUGGCUGUUACAACUAUUAUAACAGUCUUGUUUUUGAAUGAAAUACAAGACGUCUUUCUUAACAACUCAAAAGAUUUUGGUGAGAAUAUAAAUUAAAGAAACCUUAAGAAAAAAGCACUAAAUGUAUUGAAUUUUUGGUGAUAGCUUUAACAAUGAAAUGCUAACUACGAGCACAAAAUAUGGAGUUAUGUAAAGAUUUUGGUGAUUAAACCAAUAUACUGGAGUAUAAUGCUACCAAUCUGCGUGUGAAUGCACUGUAUUAUUGGUUAAAUGUAAAAAUAAUAAACAAAUCUGGUGCAGGUGCAGCAAUACCAUUUUAUUUUUAAUGUUACAGUUUAGAAUAGAAAAUUACUAUUGUUACUAUUGUUUUGACAUCAGAAAAACUAUGCCACCAAGCAUGAGAAAAAUACAUUAACUCAGUGUGCUGUGCUUAAUAUGAUACCAUGUUAAAACAUAAAUAAAAUAAAAGAACUGUAUGAUCGAUGUUAUUGGACAGUUGUUAAGACAUCCUUUACUCUGUAUUCAUUAGUAUAUUCAAAGAUAAAGAAAUCAGCUACAUUCAUUUCAAAGAUGAAAAAGUGUUUUUUUGCACAAACGAAUAAGACGUCAUUUGACCUUAUAGGGAUGUCCAAUGUUGCACUACUACAACUAUUUUAAAAUAUAACUUCAUCGGGCAAAUGAAUGUACCUGAAAUUAAUUUUGCACAUGAAAAGAAACGAUUGCGAUGAUUUGUAUGAUAUUUUUAAAUGCAAUUAUUACGUUUGAUGAACAAUGGCUUUGUAAUGGCCCUCGUGUGUGGAACCUUUUUACUUGUUAUGUACAUUGUAAUGUUAUUAAACAAGAAAACC